GAUGCUUCCUCGCAAAGACGCGAGUCGGCUCAUAUUCGAGGUCAUUUGCAUUUCUCCAUGCUUGGUUUUCUUUAAUGAUCACCUCAAAAAAUGCUUCCAAAACACCAAUUCUUGAACCUCAUUUCCUGUUCCUAUCGUCGAAGAAGCCUGAAUGCUAAUUCUCUGAAUCACUACUGCUUCUCCGCUCUCUUCACCACUAUCAACACUAACCCAUCAUCUUUCCCUGACUCAUCCACCAUAUCCGAGUCGCCCGACAUUCCAAGUUGGGUCACUGACCAAAAAACAGAAACUCAAACCUCGGAAGAUGACGAUUUUGUCAUCCCUUCACUAGCCUCUUGGGUCGAAAACCACCCCAAAGUUAAACAUUUUCCAACCAAAAAACCUGAAACCCAAGUAGACAAACUCACUAAAAUCCUCAAAAAUCCCUACCCGUCACCUGAUAAAGUUGUCCAAGUCUUAAAUGGGUCUACUUUUAGUGUUUCCAACGUCUUAAUUGAGCAACUAUUGAAGCGUUUUAGUAAUAGCUGGAUUUCAGCUUAUGGGGUCUUCAUUUGGGCGAAAAAUCAACCAGGUUAUACGCAUACUCCUGAGUUGUACAACUUCAUGGUUGAUGCAUUGGGGAAGGCUAAAAAGUUUGAUUUAAUGUUCGAUUUAGUUGAGGAAAUGAAUCAGUUAAAAGGGUAUAUUAGUUUGGAUACAAUGGUUAACGUUAUGAGGAGAUUAGCUAAUGCUCGUCGGUUUAGUGAGGCUAUUGAGGCUUUCAGAAGGGUAGAGGAAUAUGGGGUUGAAAAAGAUGUAAUGGCUUUGAAUGGAUUGUUGGAUGCAUUGGUUAAAGGGGAUGGUGUAGAGCAUGCUUAUGAAGUUUUUGUUGAGUUAAAGGAAUGCAUACCUUUGAAUUCUAGUAGUUUUAAUAUUUUGGUACAUGGAUUUUGUAAGGCUAGGAGAUUAAAUGAUGCUAGGAAGAUUUUGAAUGAGAUGGAGGAACAUGGGUUUAAGCCUUGUGUUGUUUCUUAUACUUGUUUCAUUGAGGCUUAUUGUCGCGAAAAGGAUUUUCGCAAUGUGGAUGCUGUUUUGGAUGAAAUGAAAGAGAAAGGGUGCAGGCCGAAUACAGUGACUUAUACUAUUGUUAUGCAUGCCAGAGGGAAGGCAGGGGAGAUCGGGAAAGCAUUGGAGGUUCAUGAGAAGAUGAAGAAUGAUGGUUGUUUACCAGAUUCUUCGUUUUAUAGCUCAUUAAUUUUCAUUCUAAGCAAGGCUGGCAGGCUUAAAGAUGCGGAUGAAAUCUUUGAGGACAUGAAAAAGCAAGGUGUUAAGCCAAAUGCGUUGACAUAUACUACAAUGAUUUCUUCUGCUUGUAGGCAUUCACUCGAAGAGAAGGCAUUGAAGUUGCUUCAGAGGAUGGAAGAGGAUUCGUGCAAGCCAGAUAUUUCAACUUAUGUGCCUUUACUGAAAAUGUGCUGUAGGAAGAAGAGGAUGAAGGUACUCAAUUUUUUGUUAUGCCACAUGUUAAACAACGACAUCAGUAUUGAUCAUGCAACCUAUAACGCUUUGGUCCGUGGGCUUUGUAAUAGUGGGAAACUUGAGCAAGCUUGUGUAUUCUUUGAAGAAAUGGUGCUGAAGGAAAUGAUACCCAAGGACUCCAUACGUAAGAUGCUGUUAGAGAAACUUGAGAAGGAGAAUAUGACUGAAGCAAAACAACAUACUCAAGAAUUGCUGCUAAAUGUGAAAGAGCCAGAAAGAACCUAGUAUUUCCUCCGGGAAUGCUUGUUUAGAUUCAGAAUAAAUCAACCAACCAAUGUAUCUCUUCCAGACACACAUGCAUCCCCCGUUGGCCUACUUGAAUGCUUAGCAUAUCUACAUAAACUUUCUUAUACGUCCUGGUCCUUUGGGCCUCUUGAACCUUGAUACAUGCAAUAAUAUUUGCUUUUCUUAUGUCA